AUGGGAAGACGGAAAAUUCUAGGCCUGAUGGAUGUGGAACCGAAUCCGAUCCUCCCUGCCCCACUCCGAUCACAGUCCCUCCCCCGGUCCCAGAGAGGCUUUUGGCUUACAGCCAUGACGAGCUAUUCCUUUCCCGACAACGCUUGUCUCCGCAAGCCGUAUUGCAGAUGCCUCCGCUUGGAUCCCAUCCAUCCUCGUAGCAAGAAGGGCAUUCCGCUAUCCUUGGCGGAGAAACUUGCUGGCCUAACAUCGGACUGCCAGGAUAUCAUGAAUCGUGUGGUCCGAACCGCUACUAGGCUUGUAACAAAUGAUGAUGAACUUGUCAUUUCACUCGAUGGUAUCAACAUAAUUCUCGAGCUGGAAACUCAGGAUCGUAUCGAUCCUGAUUACAUGUGGUUUCGCAUAGUCUCCACAGACAGGUAUCUGUCGUUGAGGCUGGGCCUGCCACAAGGUUCAUACGAAAAUGUCUUCGCGAGUCAGAAGGUACUGCAAAAUUGCAUAGCUGUGGAGCACCUGGAGCGCCUAGAGUCCGUUGCAGCUGGGCUUAUCCUACAGCGUAAUGUUGGCGAGCAAAUUGAUCUUGCGACAACACACGAAGUGGACAAAAUGCUUCAGGAGGCUGCUGCCCUAAUGCCACCACGGUGGUGGCUGAUGACUUCCAAUGGUGCUGUCGGUAGCGAUGAUGCCCAGGCAUUCAAAGAGUCAAUCCGCCUUACAAAUCAUUUAACAUAUCGUCAUCUCUUAGUAUGGCUACACGUGCCAUACAUGAUGUUGUCCUCUUCCACCGAACCGCGUUAUGAUUACAGCAGGAUGACUGCUGCAAAUGCCAGUCGUGCGAUAGUUGCCCAGUUCGUAGCAUUCCGAGGUGCGAAUUUAUCGACGGCUUAUUGUCGCGGUAUCGACUUUGUUGCUUUUAUUGCUAGCAGGACGCUGUGCAUUGCACAUAUGGAAGCUCACCGGCAGCACCAAUUCGGCUACGGCAAAGAUGUCACCAUAUCCAUUAUCCUCCGGUCCCUCCUCGCUAUCGAGAAUGAUUCUGCCAAUGGAGCCUGGUACCGUACAACUGCCACCCUGGAGCUUUAUAAGGAGGACCCUCAUAGUUUUGGAGCUAGGGAUGACAAUCUCAAUGAACUGCAUAUCAAUAUACCGUACUUCGGAACCAUCAAGUUCGAACACAGCCCCACCCACCAUUUCUAUGAUCGAACGGACAAAAACUCUCUCCGAAGGGCGAUUUCGAAACGUGUCCAUCCCGCAAACAACUGA